CGCGUUUUACGUAAGCGUAUAAAUUGUAGGCAAAUCUAUACCCUAAUUUCUGCCACCGCCGUCCAUUACCAGUGCUCCCUUUCGGUGCGGAAAAAAUGGGUCGUCUGGAUGCAGCUGGUUCCAAGGGGAAGAAGAAGGGAGUGAUAACAUUCACCAUUGAUUGUGCCAAACCAGUUGAAGACAAAAUCAUGGACAUUGCCUCUCUCGAAAAGUUUCUUCAAGAAAGGAUUAAGGUUGGUGGUAAACCUGGUGCUCUUGGUGAUGCUGUUACCGUUUCACGUGAGAAGAGCAAGAUCACUGUUACUUCUGAUACCAACUUCUCUAAACGGUAUCUCAAGUACUUAACUAAGAAGUAUUUGAAGAAACACAAUGUACGUGACUGGCUCAGAGUGAUUGCUUCUAACAAAGACAGAAAUGUUUACGAAUUGAGGUACUUCAACAUUGCUGAAAAUGAAGGAGAGGAAGAAGAUUAAUUGUAUGUUCAGCUUAUUCAUUUUAGAACCAUGUUAAACCCUUUUCUAAUGUUAGCUUCUGUUUUGGUUAAAGUACUGUUCGACACAUAUUGCUUUGGUUGCACAGUAGUUGCAAUUUAACAAUUUUGUUCAAUUAAGAGUUGUGGUGCCACUUUUGUUGGAAUGAAAAUAGAGUUCACCUAUUAUACAAUCAAGCAUCACCUGUGAUUACAAUUCUUUUGCGAUAACACUUUCGUUGAUUCUCUCGUAUUAUUUUCACAUUAUUUUCACGUGAUUUCAAAUUCCAGUUCCUCUCCCUUACUUGCUAGUUGCUCCCAUUAUUUGUUCCCGCAUUGUUUGGAGCCAUGAAGUGAUCAGAUCACCGUCCCAAGGAGGCAGUAGCUUGCUUAUUUGAGUUAUAUUUGUGAAUUAUGUGAGGGAUGGAAGAACACCAUGUACACAAUCCAUAUAAAAUGUCUAGAUAUGCUUUCAAUUUCAUCUUAGACAUUCAUUCUUAUAUUUUACACAAAAAAAAUGCUUGCAUGUUAAUCAUACCACAGUAUAUGGAAAAUGUUCUAUUAGGAGCUUCUAUUGGAUAGAUGUACAGUAGACCAGAAAUUAGUAGGCUGGAAUAGACAGCUAUUGCUAUGCUUCUGUAUUCAUUGACUAAGAUUACAAAACCUUCUCCAUCUCCUAUGUUACCUGGAUUGGAAGUUUACGAAGACCACUUGAAACCCACUUCCAAAUACUACUAAUAGCUAUGGCAGGUUGGCAAGAAGAUUUGUUUAUUUAACAAGCACAAGACUAUGCAUAUUCCAUGCCAUUCACACUCCAAGCCAGUGCCUUUCUCAUUAUAAAGCUGCUAUACUCAGUAAGUGUGAAACAGCUGCAAGUCUGCAUUGUUUAAAAAGUAGUCCACCAUACCAUAUUGUAAUCUUCUUCAGGGAAGCAGAAAAUAGUUCCAUGGUUUCUACUGCUCUACUGCAUUUGAGAUUUAAUGGCUAAUAUGUUGAUCCUUUUAAGCCAAACACUUAAUUUGGCAAACAGUAAUUAAAGUGUUAAUUUUUGGCAAACUUUCUGCCCAUUUGAACAAACACUUAAUUUGUUUGAGAAUAUGUACUGUAUGGUGUCACUUUGACAUGUUCAACUUAUAUUAUCAUAAUUUUACAAAAGUUGGUUAUUUAGCUUUUGAUAUUUUGGCCAAUUUAAAGAUAUAAUGGGUCAACUUUAUACUUGAAUGACGCAAAAGACAAAUGAGUGAAUUGGUUCAAAAAAAAGCUACAUUCCCGAUUUGGAUUAGCAGUUACAGUCUCAUACUCAUGACUCGUCUCUCAUGGUGAUGGGUAUUUUUGUAACUUAAACACAUCCUCAAAAGAAAACGAAAUGUCACAUGAUAGUCCAUUAUUCUGUCGUACACGUGUCACGUGACCAUCCCAUACUCAUACCCAAAUUCUUGGGGGGACCCAUAUGUACACCAAACAAACCUUAUCUCUGGAAGAGUCCAGAUCCCACGUCCACAUGGAUUGAAAUCAACGGUCCAGAUAUAGUUUUGAAACCCAUGACGUGCUAGCUGUUAAAUAGUAUCUCAUAUAUAGUACUGCGCUUCCCAUAUUCCCAACAUAUCACUCACUCACUCUCAUGACAUGAGCUUGCUUGAUCACUUGUGGGAUGACACCGUCGCCGGACCUAGGCCGGAGAACGGUCUCGGCAAACUCCGAAAGCACCCUACCUUCCCUUCUCCAUCUAUCUCUGACAAGUGUGGAGCAGAUGUGAGAUCCUACGGUGGUGAUUCAUCAGCAGAGGAUGGAAUGAAAGUGACACGUAGUAUAAUGAUCCUGAAACCAAAUGGGUACCAGAGUCAGAGUGAAUCUGCUCCUGCUUCCCCCGCUGGUUCUACUCCUCCGGUUUCCCCCUUUUCUGGUAAGGAGGUAGAGAACCCUUUCGUUUUAGAAGAAGGUCAACAACAGAUGCGUUUGAGAAGGGCAAGACAGGCCAAAACAGACCAAGCCCUUCUUCUCCUUUCGAUGUGUGAUAAAUGAAUCGAUGAGCACUUGCAAUUUGCGUGCAUGAUCUUCAAUGGUGGCGGUGUGGUAUUUGUUUUCCUUAUACUUUGGCUAUGUAUCCAAUGCACUUUUGUUUGUGUGUGUGAGAGAUAUCGAUAUGUAUAUAUAAAUAGAGGUCGUGUUAUAUAUAGUUUUCAUGCGUCUUUGCAUGCUUCGUCAAUUUAAAUAAGAACUUGUAAGGGGUAGACUAAUCUAACUAUGUGUGUGUAUAUAUUUGGUGGGUAUGGUAUGGUAUGUAUUAAAGCCUUUCUUAAUA